CCAUCGUAACCACCACUUCCAGCCAUGAUCGCCAUCCUCUUAACCGUCCUGGCGCUGGCCUCUGCGGCCUUCGGUUGUGGUGUCCCGACCUACAAACCCAACGUGUCCAGAGUCGUUGGAGGGGACAAUGCCCGGCAAAACAGCUGGCCCUGGCAGGUGUCUCUCCAGUAUUCCUCCAGCGGGUCAUGGCGGCACACCUGCGGAGGGACGCUCAUUGCCAACAACUGGGUCAUGACGGCGGCCCAUUGCAUCAGUUCAUCCCGCACCUAUCGGGUUUACCUUGGGAAAUACAACCUCGCAGCCAGCGAGUCCGGAUCGGUGGCCAUUUCCCCCGAAAAAAUCAUUGUUCACUCCAAGUGGGACUCCAGCAGCGUUUCCAAAGGGAAUGAUAUCGCCCUCAUCAAGCUCUCCAAAGCGGUCACUCUGAGCGACAAGAUCCAGCCGGCCUGCCUCCCAAAAGCCAACAGCAUUUUGGCUCAAAACACGGUCUGCUACGUGACCGGAUGGGGCCGGCUGCAGACGAACGGCGCCUUGCCGGACAUCCUGCAGCAGGGCCGCCUCUUGGUGGUGGGCCACGCCACUUGCACGCAGUCCAGCUGGUGGGGCAGCACCGUCAAGGACAACAUGGUCUGCGCCGGAAGAGACGGAAAGAUCUCCAGCUGCAAUGGUGAUUCCGGGGGUCCCCUUAAUUGCCAGACCUCCAGCGGGAAGUGGGAAGUCCACGGCGUGGUCAGCUUUGGGUCCGCACUUGGCUGCAACUAUUACCGCAAGCCCUCCGUCUUCACUCGGGUCUCUGCUUUCAACGACUGGAUCGACAAGGUGAUGGCGUCGUAUUGAAGCGACACGUGCAGAAACCGACCAGGAAAUCCCAUCCAAUCAGCGGCGGGAAUGGAACAAACCCUGUAAUAAACAUGUUAAUAAUAAUGCAA